GAUACUAUGAUGAUGGGUGCUGACUGCUAUCAAACUGAUUCUGAAAUUGCAUCUCUGCUGGAAAACGGGAAGGUUCCAAUUGGUGUUGGAGAGAAUACCAAAAUCAGGAAGUGCAUCAUUGACAAGAAUGCUAAGAUAGGAAGAAAUGUGAUAAUUGCCAAUGCUGAUGGUGUUGAAGAAGCUGACAGGCCUGAAGAGGGAUUCUACAUUAGGUCUGGCAUUGUAGUUGUAGUGAAGAAUGCAACUAUCAAAGAUGGAACAGUGAUCUGA